GAUCCAUGCUCAAUUAACAUUGCUCAUAACUUUGAGGAGCAAGAAUUUAAAGGCAUAAAGGAGAUUUGGGUGAAGCUCAUGGAUCAUUAUUGUCUUGAGGACAACCCAGAGUCUUGGGAUUAUGUUAUCCCUAAAAUGGCCAAGCUUAUUCGGGGUUGGAAGAGUGCUCUAAAAAAUAGAUAUUUUACAAAAAUAUCUACUGAUUGGAAGAGGAUCUAUGAGCUUGAUAAGAGAGUUUAUCCAUUUAAUUGGAUGACUCUCAUUAUCGAGUGGGAGGGUGAGAAGAAGAAAAUAUGUGAGACAGCAUCGGUGAAUCGCAAAAUGAAGAUAUACGAUCACUUCUUAGGAUCUACUCCUUAUGCUCGGAUCGAGCAUAAGUAUUUGAGUGAAAACCCGGACGCUUUGACUAUGCCCCCGGCUCUUCUUGCUAGAAGAGCUUAUACACCGCCCCAGGGCUAUGAAAAUAUAGAGGGAAAUGACAAAAAAGUGGAGAAAAUUAAUGAAUUGGUCGCGGCGGUGGAAGCUUCUCAAAACGAGGUCUUGACCCGUGUCAGUCAGUCUCAGGGUACAGAGGACACUCCUGUAGAGCCUAACCGCAUGACCAGAGACGAGUGGAUGGAAGUCGUCGACGGAGCUUACGGUUUACAACCAAGAAAGAAAGGAAUAGUUCAUUUGUCAAGUGUUGUAGCUAAGAAAUUCACCACCACCAAUAAGCAUAGCAGCCAAUCACUUUCUUCCUACUAUUAA